AUGCCCAAGGAAACCGACGAUCGCUGGGGAUCGGUACAGCGGAAGGCUCGUAUUAGCCCUCCGGACAAAGCCCCACCUGGUUUCCCCAGCAUCGCGCCCCCACCUACGACCAUGGUGGUGGAAGUAGGCCACACCGCCACUCUCCCCUGCCAAGCCACUGGCAACCCCUCGCCGAAGGUCAGGUGGCUAUGGAACUCCUUGCCGCUAGAUGUGGCCUCCAAUCCCAGAUACGCGCUACUCAAUGACAAGAUGCAUGGUACAUUGCAAAUAGUGAAGAGUGAAGAGGAGGACCACGGCAAGUUCGAGUGCGUCGCUGAGAACUCCAUCGGAACUGAGUUCUCCAAGCCUACUGUACUUUAUGUUAAAGUACUUCAUAAGUACACCAGGGACUAA